GACGGCUWCAGCUUCAGCGGUCAUGGCGUCCACUGUUGCGACCAGUACGGUAGCUGGUGCUGCUAAAGCGGUAAAACCCAUAUUUAGUCGUGAUUUGAACGAGGCUAAGCGCAGGGUCCGAGAGCUGUACCGAGCCUGGUACCGGGAGGUGCCGAAUGCAGUGGCCUUGUUUCAGUUGGACAUCUCCUCACGCCAGGGAAGAGAUAAAGUGCGGGAGAUGUUCGACAAGAACAAGCACGUCACCGACCCUCGUGUGAUCGACAUGCUCGUCAUUAAGGGUAAAAUGGAACUUGAGGAAACAAUCAACGUCUGGAAGCAGAAGACCCACGUAAUGCGUUAUUUCCAUGAGACUGAAGUACCUCGACCAAAUGACUUCCUGUCCAAAUUCUACAAGGGUCAUGACCCGUGAACUUUACAACUGCUAGCUGGUUUCUGACUCAUUUGGUUCUGUCCAGUGUGAAAGAUGUUCCUCUUUGGUGUAAAUAUAUGCUUUAACACUCACAAA